AUGGAUUGGACUGGAUUACUUGCUUGGUCAAUAAAUUAAAAAAAUGGAGAGAAAUUUGAUACUUCAAUAAAACCAAUGGAUGAAGAGACUAAAAAAUGGUUAACUGAAGCAUUAUAAAGUUAUUCUGUUGAUGAAUUUUAAAUGAUUAAAGACUUGUUAGAUAAAAUAGCUAAACCAGAAUAAGAGAAUGAAGAAGAAUAACGUUUAGAAUGGUUUGAAUAAUUAAUGGAAUUAUUAGAUGCUUUAGAUAGGGCUAAUGAUUUUUGUAAAAUUGGUGGGUUGAAUCUAAUGUUCAAUUAUUAUUAAACUACCAAAUUUGAUUCUAUAAAAUUGUAAGCACUAAAAAUAAUUGCAAAUUGUAAUCAAAAUAAUGCCUUUGUUUAAGAGUAUUGUGGAGAAAAUGAUUAUCUUAAAAUAGUAAAUGAAAUAGAGAAAAUUGAUAAUUUAAAAUUAAAAGAACAAGUUAUAAGUGCACUUUCUAGUAUGAUAAGAGGAGAAUGCUUAAAUAAUAAAAGAAAGUUUAUAGAUAUGAAUGGAAUACAACUGUUAUUAAAUCAUUUAGACUCAAAUAGAUGUAUUGAGAAGAUUGCAAAUUUAUUUAGAGAUCUAUUAUAUUAUGAUGAUUAAUUACAUAAAACUUAUCAUGAUUUAUCAAAAUUUUCAAAUACAGCUGGAUAAACAAUAAAAUAGCAAGAUAAAAAGAAUUAUAAUCUAACAACAGAUAUAAAUGAAGAAUUACUUAAAUCUAAUGAAUUACCUUAAAAUCUAAAGUAUAAAGGAAUUGUUAAAAACAUAUUAAUUGAUUUGAAAUUCCUUAGUUAUGCAAAUAAAUUCAUAUUUGAUACUUCUAUUAAAAAUUCUGAUCUUAGAAUAUAAUAUUUAUCAUGUUCAGAAAUAUUGUUAAAAAUUAAAAAUGAUUAGGAAUUUAAAUAAAUUAUAUAAACUCAUUUAGAACAUCUUUUAAAGGAACAAGAUUAAGAUGAAGGAGAAAUAAAUUUAUGUAAAUAAAUAUUGUGA